UCCAGAGGAGGAGGAGGACAUCUCCGAAGAGGGGGAAGCAUUAGGGUAGAAUGGAGGUAUAAAGUAAUGUACAAUGCUAUUGUGAAGUUAGUUGACUCUGGACAGUUCGGUUUACUUGUAUACUUUGUGAUGCAAAUAAAUCUGCGUGAACUGAAGAAAAUCCAAUCUCUAUUGUGUUCUCUACCCACCUGGGUGUUCGUUAAUGAUUUCCUAAUAGUGAGAUCCUGUGGUGUCUCACCACGAGUCAGAUAGAUAACAGUUACUGAGCCAGUCGUCAGGUAAAGUCAAAGAAUUGUCUCAUUAACGCCAAAAAAAACCACCUUGUAUGAGCUUCGAUCUUCUCAUUGAGACGUCAUCGGUGAGACAGAGAUGAGUUCUGUGCGGGAGGUUAACCCCACGGUGCUCCGGAUCAGAGCCCCGACGAAACUGCAGAGUCUUGCUGCACGCAUCAGAGAGGAGAUUAAACAGGGAGGGCAGAAACCUUUCCAGCAGGUGAUUGAUGUCAGUUCAGGGGAUCCCCACAGGGCAGGGAUGGCACCCAUCUCAUUUGCUCGGCAGGUCUUGGCGGUGUGUUUUUACCCCGAGCUCCUCAAAGACGAAAGCCUUCCUCUGGAUGUCAAGCAGAGGGCACAGCAGCUUCUGGGGGUCUGCCGUGGAGGGAGUGUGGGCUCAUACUCUCUGACCUCCUGUGGGAUACCAUAUGUCCUCAAAAGUGUUGCAGAGUUCAUCACGGGGAGAGAUGGUGGAGUGAGUUCCCACCCAGAGGAUAUAAUUUUCUCUAACGGUUCCCAGAAGUCUUUGAUGAUGAUUUUGCACCUGCUGGCCAGUGGGGAGGGGAAGACUCAGACAGGCGUUUUGACCCCGAUGCCCUGCCCACACACCCUGCCAGCGCUGCUGGAGGACAAUGGGUUGACUCUGGUGCCAUACCAGCUGAUGGAGGACCGAGGCUGGGCUGUAGACCUGGACGAGCUGCAUCUAGCUUUGAAGAACGCUGGGGAGCUCUGCGAACCCAGAGCCAUUUACAUCAGCAACCCAGGAAACCCCACAGGUCAUGUGCAAGACAGGAAAACAAUAGAGGAAGUGAUUCGAUUUGCCGCAACCGAGGGCCUCGUUUUGUUGGCUGAUGAGGUGUACCAGGACAGUGUGUACGGACUGGAGAAAGAGUUUAUUUCCUAUAAGAGAGUCCUGUCUGACAUGGGGAAAGAGUACUCAGAGACAGUGGAGUUGAUAUCUUUCCACUCUUUAUCCAACGCCUUGAUGGGAGAGUGUGGUCUGAGAGGAGGCUAUCAGGAGGUAAUUAACAUGGACCCAGCAGUGAAAACGCAUUUAAAAGAUAUGCAGGCCCCUUCCAGCCCUGCAGUUAUACCACAGCUUGCUCUUGAGGUCAUGGUCAAUCCACCCACUCCUGGAGAUCCUUCCUAUGAAACAUACUCACAGGAGAUUCUUCACUCUCAGAGGACUCUGUCCCAGAAUGCCCAGCGUGCUUGUGAGUUCCUUAACGAUCUACCAGGGAUGAACUGCCAACCAGCGAUGGGGGGCGUCUCUCUUUAUCCCUAUCUGAAUUUACCACCUAAGAUGUUAAACGAGGCUAAGAUGUUAGGAGUGGAGCCAGAUGUGCUUUACUGCCAGAGGUUACUGGAGGAGGAAGGUGUGUGUUUGGGUGCCGGCUGUGAGAAUGGGCAAAAAGAUCCAAACUACCACAUUAGGCUGUGUGUUUUGGCUCCUCCUGCCACCCUGGAGGAGAUCUUGGCAAGACUUUGUUCUUUCCACCUGCGCCUGCUGGACACAUUUCCCUGAUGGAGGUGUCAAGGACACAGAAUUUGGAGAAAAACACCAAAGCAUGGUUCUCUUGCAAAUCUUUUAAAUUGACAGUCAGUAAAAUUAAUAACUCAUCCUGCAAAGAAUAAAAUAAAUAUUGAUACUAAAUAAUAACUUUUGAAACGGAAGAUUCAAGCCAUCCAAUGACGCUUUUUGAGUUUUCCAAAGACUUCUGCAGCCGUUAGCAUCUUAUUAACUAACAAACAAAAAUUGGAGUGCAACAGACAAAAUCAAUAAAGGAUCUUUGAAGUAU